UGUCAAAGACAACAUCUUCAUGACUUGAGCUGUGAGAAUCGUCCCCAAAGUCAUCACGAUGAACUUCUUUGGGAAACUGAAGAACUUUAACAAUGGACCUCCAGUUCCACCCAAAAGAGCAGAUGACGAUGCAGAGUUCAGGUGGCCACCGGAUGAGUUUGAUGAUGAGGAGGGUGACAUGUAUGAAGCACCUCCCUGUGAACGUCAAGCUUUGAAAGUCCAACAGAGACAAGAGGAGGAGGAUGUUUAUCUGGACAGGACGUCCAGUCCUGCUGUUCAACAGAGGAAGGCUGCUACACCACCCAGACUGGGAAACCCCUCGAGACCUUUACAACGUGCUGACGUUUUCUCCCACGAAUCCAACACCAAGAAACCACCGGAGAUAGACAGAAAUGAGAAGCCUGGGAGAAACAAAAUGAUGCCUCAUCCACCUUUUCCUUCCCCAGUUUCUGAACCCAGCACAGAGGAAGAUGUUUACCUGGAUCCAAACGAAGAACAGGAGGAUGAAGACGACCUGUAUUUAGAGCCAGCAGCAGCUUAUGUUUCAGCCCCACGUGGGCUGAUGAUGAUGCCUCCAUCUUCCAGGACAGUGCUUAUACCAUCUUCCAUACCCACGAUGAAGCCUCCUGUUCCCAGAGCAAAGUCUAAUUCCAUCUUGCUCUCACUGAACGAGUCCAAACCAGAUCCUUCACUUGAGGUGAGACGAGCCGCGUUUCCAACUAAACUCCCUCCACCAACUCCCAGUGUUAAACCCCCUCUUCCAGUCAGCCUGAAGGAAGCUAAACCCAGCACUGCAAAUCUUCCUCCUGCAGGAACCAAGCCUGUGGCCUCUUUUGGUGGUAUGAGGGCAACCAAACAGUCCGACAAUGAGGACAAAGAAUGGUUUGCUGGAGACUGCAACAGAAAGACAGCUGAGGAACUCCUGCAGAGUGUCAACAAGGACGGUGCCUUUCUCAUCCGACACAGCUCGUCCCAGCCGUACACCCUCGCUGUGCUCUACCAGCAGAAGGUGUACAACAUCCCCAUCCGCUUCCUGGAGCACACACAAGGCUACGCCCUCGGAAAAGAGGGCAAGAAAAAUGAAGAGACAUUCACCACUCUCGACCAGAUGAUUUCUCACCACAGAAACAACCAACUGCUUCUGAUUGACAGCAAGAGUCAGGCCAAGCACACGACGUAUUUAACCCACCCUGCACGCCCUUAA